GCUUUCCUCUCAGUGUGUUCGCUGACAGCGGCCGCCUCGGAUGCGGGGUCCUGGGGGUCCUGCCCUGAGCCUAACCGGGGCACACGGGGGCACCGACAGAGGGGAGCGCACGCAGCAGGCGGCUGUGUACUGGGACUUUCCGUGGACCCUACGAGAGGGAGCCAUCAGAACAUGUAAUAAAACUGCUGUCGCACUUCCACUGCUGGACUCAUGUAGAGACCCAUGAUUGGUAGAGGGCUGAAACGAAAGCUGAUUGAUUAUGAAGAUAUUAUGACAGACUUCUCUAAUGCUGGUGAUUGCAACAGAAAUAUGCCGUACACUCAUCAAAGACAGCUGGUGCUGAAUUUGUGCCUCAACAAAUUACAAAACUCAAAACUACUUGCAGAGCCAAAUCUCCGCAGAUCCGUUCUUAUAGCCAAUACACUGAGACAAAUUCAGGAAGAAACGAGACAUGAAGCCAACCAACUGACUGGGGUUAUAUAUAAUGAUACAGCUGCCAGUGACCUCAUAUAUCCAGGAAAUGAUUCUCCAGAAAGUUCCAUGCAUUUGUCUUGUGGAAUAAACGCAAAUUUCACUAGAGACUCCACGAUUUCUGAAAUCUCUGCAGACAGUUUUAUGGAAGUCACAGACGAUGAUAUGUCCUUUGCCAUUUCAUCUAUUCUAAAAGACUUGGACUUUGUUGAGGAUAUAAAUCCAUCCCCGACAUCAAGUCAAAUCAUGGAUGAGCAACCGAAACCUGCUGCAUACGGAGCAAAACUAAAUGACAAAUUUGAUGCAAAGGCAGCAGAAUGUGUGUUUGGUUCCUUUGAAAUGACAAGUUCUACAAGUUACUUAAAUGAUCUAUCUAUAGAUGACAUUUUUGAUGACAUUGACACGUCCAUGUAUGAUUCAGAUUUCAGUUUCUCUUCAUUAAUUUCUGCAAAAACCCAGCCGGCCCCCGAGGAAACUUUAAAACUGCUAUCACUGUGUGAUGUAUCAAACAGCAAUUUCCAGAUUUGCAGAACAGAUUUAAAUGAUUUGGACCAUAUUAUGGAAAUUUUAGUGGGAUCUUGAUAGAAUGUUUAAACCACACUUGACUUCUUUUAUCAGCUAUCCAUUAAUGAAUUAGAAAAUAAUUAUGAGUAAUAUGCUAAUUGGGGAAUAAAACACCUUAGUCGAUAAUGGAUAAAAUCAUAUUUCGCAACACGUCGAAUUGCACAAGAAAUCUUUUUUCUUCGAUUUAAUAGAUUUGAAAUAUUUAUGUUGUAGAUUGCAUAUGGAAUUGUAUUACAGAUUUUAUAAUAUGCAUUUGCUUCUUUUGACUGGAAAAUGAAUACAAAGGUAUUUCUUAGUUUGGAAAAGAUGUAUUUUUAUAACAAUCACAAGCUGUGUGAUAUUCCUUAUAGCACAAUAACUAUAACUUAUCAGAGCCAAUAGAUCAGGUCACGUUUGUAUAUAUUGAGCACUACCUCUUCAAGAUGAAGCUUAUACUUCUUGUGAUCAAGUUGUCUAUGAGUACAGCUAAACACAACCGAACCUGCUUAACCCUGAUGGGUUUCUGUAGAGACAUCCUGGAACCUUGAGGUCUGGAGUCAACGCCUCUUUUUUCUGUACUUUUAUGCUGUAUGUGUUCAUUUAUCUUGUUUUUUAUAUAUAUGAAUGAAUGUGAGUUAUUACUGGUGUUUUCCUUUCAUUUUUAUUCUAGUAUUUGCAGGUAAAUUUUGUCAAUAUAUAAUUGUAUCUGUUUUCUAGUUUUUAUUUCUCUUAAAAUGUAAAGCUGGGACUUUAUUUUGAAACAGUCUGUAAUUUUUAUUACUUAUUUAUUUUUUUUAAAUCUUCAACUUUGUCUACCUCAGCAUUGUCUGAGUAGUUUACUGGAGCGUUAUUUCUAAAAUUAGAUUGUGUUGGUAGCUUUCAGUGGCGUAUUUAUGUUCCUGAAAUAGCAUUUAUAUGUGUGGCUACAUGGGGACACAUCAUUUUGCGAUACAGUUUGAAUAAAUGAAUUUGAACGAAGUAUAUAUACAAUAUAAUGAGAGAAUUAGGUUAAACACAUGACAAAUAGAAGAAACAGGUGUAUCAUAGUUUUCACAAUAAUUUCAGUUAGAAAUAAAAUAAAAAAUACAGAGCUGCACUGUUUAUUUAGAAGAAGAGUAAUGAAUAAAAUCUACAAAAAGUAUAAACAAAGUCUUAAAAUAUUGCAGUUUAAGUGACUAUUAUUAUAUUCUUCUGCAAGAAGAGACUCUGGGCCACCCCAUUCCAUAAAAAUUUCCAGGUUAAAACAUAAAGCAGCUCUGUGAUGCUUUGGCUUCUUUUUCUAAGCCCUUCUAACAAUAAGAGAGUCACUCUUUGUUUUAUUCCACAUAAUGGAACAAAACUCUGUUACUUGCUGGAGAUGAUGGGUUGCCCUUAAUAUCCCUCACUGUUUGGCCACUAAAAUACAUGGUAAUGAUUUUCUUUCAUAGUCUUAUAUAUCCUCAACUGGUAGAAUUAGUAUUAGGGGUGGCUUCCUCUGCUGCUGCCUUCUGUUAGUUAAUGUUAUGAGAUGAUUACUUCUAGUAGAUGAGUAGAAGAUCAUGACCCCUCUCAGUAUGAUUUACUGGUGCUAUAAGGGUCUGGCCAGUCCUCUGACAGGGCUAUUCCACCUCACAUACCUUAGCUUGUUCAUUGAUAUUAAGGAUAUUUAUAUUGGAGGGUAAUUUGUUUGAGAUUAACAUAUCCCUGUUAAAACAUUUUAUUUCUUGUAAAUUUGUAUUUAUUUCUGGUGAGUGUUCAGACAAUCCGGUACAUAAAGUAGAUGUAUUACUCUUGUUUAAAGCAUUGAACGAUUGUUAUAAAUGUAGUAAUUCCUCAGUUUCAUAUGAAACCUUUGCAGUAAUUUUAAUCAAACCCAAGGAAUUCAUCUUUCUCAUUGUCAGAGGUUCUCCCUCAACUGGUGCUAGAAAAUAGGUACUCAUAGAUCAAGGAAGAAGUCUUCUGAGAAACUUUCUUGUUCUCCUCUUUCUCAGUGAUGUUCCUAGUUUCACAGGUCAUUGUCAGUUACAAUUCUCUCCAGUGUCUGUGUAUAUGGCAACUUAGAUUACGACAGAGAUAAAAGCAGACUUUACUCCACAACAUGAGUCAAUGUACCUACAAGUGUGGAAUAUAUAACCUGACUUGGCAUGCUGACUUAGGGUAAGUGUAAAUAUUGUCAUCUUGCACAUGUGCCUGAGCUAUAUUUUUCUAGCUGCAUUUGACAGUGGAACCACUUGUAUUGCUUUUCCCAGAUUUGUCACUUCCUACUGCUUACAAGAAAGAGCUGCUUGAAAGAAACUGGAAUUUACACUGUGGCCUUCAGAGCAGUCACUGACCACGGACACAUAAAAUCUUAAAAAAAAAAAUGGCUAAGGAAAUAACAAUGUGCCCAUGAUUUAAUCUCUCAUGGUAACACCUUGGAAAAUAAUAAAAUUGCAUAUUGCUAAUUUA